UGCAUGCUUCCUAACCCCGGAGCUCCAGAGGACAGAUCAAUGUUAAUUCUUCCAUUCACCACUCAGUGCAGCGCAGCACAUCCUCCCAAAGCAACAUGUUAAUGGCUCGAGCUGAACUCAGUAUUGGGUUUCUGCUGUUGCUGACCUGUGGCUCAUCAAAUGCACAGGGCUGGGGGAGUUGGCUGUGGGGGGGUUCAGAGAAAACAACCCUUCCUCCCACAGAAGCUGCCAGUACCGAGGAGCAGACAGCACAGCAGUUUGCCACGCCUGAGGCUACCACCUUUAACACCCCCCUUGAAAGCACUACUCAGCAAAAGGGAAGAGUGUGGACUAUAUUUACCCUUAAGAGGUCAGACUUCACUGCAACCACAGCGAUCCCUACAGCUACAUCGCCUGCCGAGCUGAAAAGGAGAGAAGGGAAUAUUGCAGGGGUGGGGGCUGAAAUACUUAAUGUAGCUGAGGGGAUUAGGAAUUUGGUUCAACAUUGGGAUGAAAAGACAACCGAAGGAACAGAGAGGACCGAGGCACCUGCAACAGCUGAUCUUCUGACAGCAUCAUCUAUCCCUGUUAUGGAGCCAGUGAGCAUCCAGAAUGUUACUGCCAACUCUAGCGGUGAUAUGCAGACCUUGCUGGAAACUGGACAGCCAGAGCUGGUUUUCUCAGUGACUACAAAGCCUGCUCUUUUGUGGAACAAGACUAAAGUUUUCUUAAAGAAGCCUGAGAUGCCACUCCCAGGUAGUGCUUCUUUCUCAUUUUCACCAGAUGAUCAUGCCAAUGGCACCCUGCUGGCUUUUCAAGAAUCCACAGAUGUGGGGCAAAAAAGUGCUACCACCCCAGAAACAAGGGCAGCCCAGGGAGUUUUCUCAGAAAAACAAGGAAUUUUAUCCAGUGCAAAUGUUUUGGAAUUGCAGGAGCUUCAGGCUAAUAGCAGCAACCAUGUGCAUGUUGGAAUUCCAUCCAAGGUGGUGGGUGCUUUAGACAACUGGCUAUUCAAUUAUGUUACAAACUCAAACAAAUCAAAUGGCAAUAGAACCCAUCUCAGUCUUAAACACCAUCCUUUAUUUAAGCAUUCUGGGGUAGUAAUAGCUGAUGCAAAUAAGAACCACUCUAGUGAUUCUGUUUCUAAUUCAAAUGCAACUAAUGUUAUGGAUUUUUCCCCUGCCAAUAAUUCUGACUCUGCUGAGUUUCUACUAACCUACACUAUGCAACAUUUUAGCAAUAGUAGCACAGGGCUUCCUUCCUUCUUUCCUGGAUUGACUCCAGCAGUUGGCCACUGCUUGCCUUCACCAACCAAGCUGUCAUAUUGCAACAACCUGGGCAUGAAGCAUUUCCGAGUGCCGAAUUAUUUGCAUCAUGGCAGUGAGGAGGAAAUUCGGGCUGCUUUGCAUGAAUGGGAGGGGCUUCUUAAAUCUCGGUGUCACCGCUACUUGGAGUGGUUUUUCUGCUUGCUACUGGUACCUGGGUGUAGUGCUUCUCUUCCAAUAACUCCUCCACCAUGCCGGGGAUUUUGUGAGGCCCUGAAAGAUCUAUGUUGGAUUCAUUUGAAAGAGGGCCAACUCCCAAUAUCAUGUGACUCUCUUCCAGCGGAGGAUGGUGUAUAUUCAUGUGUAUUUGUUAAUGUUUCAGCAGAAAAUUUCAGCACAGAAGUUGGUCUUUUAGAGCUGAUUGGGGAUCCCCCGCCAGACCAGAUAACCAAAGUCUAUGGUCCAGAUAACAGUCCUGGCUAUGUGUUUGGACUGGAUGCCAACACUGGACAAGUGGCUCGUUACCACCUCCCCAGUCCUUUUUACAGAGACUUCUCACUCUUGUUCCAUGUGCAGCCCACAACAGACAAAGCAGGGGUGCUUUUUGCUAUUACGGAUGCCUCUCAGUCAAUCAUUUAUGUUGGUGUGAAGCUAUCAGAGGUGAAAGAUGGGAAGCAGCAGAUCAUCUUCUACUACACGGAGCCUGGCUCUCAGAACUCCUAUGCCGCUGCCACAUUCACAGUGCCUUCCCUGGUCAGUCAGUGGACUCGCUUUGCCAUCGGUGUGGAGGAUGAGGAAGUGGUUCUCUACAUGGACUGCGAGGAGUUUGAGCGGGUCCAUUUUGAGCGCUCACCUGAUGAGAUGGAUCUGGAAGAUGGUUCAGGGCUUUUUGUGGCACAAGCUGGAGGAGCUGAUCCUGAUAAAUACCAGGGUGUCAUUGCCGAACUGAAAGUGAAAGGAGAUCCUCGGGCAGCUGAUGUCCAGUGUGAGGAAGAAGGGGAUGAUUCUGAUAUGAUGUCUGGAGAUGGUGGAAGUGGAGCUGAAGAAAAGCAACAGCCAUCAGAAAAGGAAAGGGUGACUCCAUUGCUCUCUAGUCUGCCAGAACCCCCACCUGUCACUUCUCCCCCAACUGCCAAAAAGCCCACACAGCCAGAGGAGAAACUCCACCUGCAAACAGAACUAACCAAACUGGAAGAGAGGCCACCAUUUGCUUCAGGAGUUGGAGCCAAAGGAGAGAAAGGGGAUCCUGGUGAAAAAGGUGAACGUGGCACUAAAGGGGACUCUGGAGUUGGUGAAGUUCUGUCGACAAAUGGUGCUAAAGGUGAAAAGGGAGAAAAAGGAGAGCUGGGUGUUAAGGGAAAUGCAGGCUUUGGGUAUCCAGGUUCGAAAGGACAGAAAGGUGAGCCUGGUGCUAAAGGGUCUCCUGGCUCUGCUGGCCCCCCAGGCCCUCCUGGGACCAUCGUGCAGCAUCCUGAUGGCUCUGUUGUAGAGCGGGUUGCUGGGCCUGCAGGACCCAUGGGCCCAUCAGGGCCACCUGGGAAUGAUGGCGUGCCUGGAAAGGACGGAGAGCCCGGAGAUCCUGGUGAAGAUGGUAAACCAGGUGAUGUUGGCCCUCAAGGAUUCCCUGGAACCCCAGGAGACGCUGGCCUGAAAGGUGAAAAGGGCGAUCCAGGCAUUGGUCCAAGGGGUCCCCCUGGGCCUCCAGGGCCACCUGGACAACCGGGAUUCAAUUCUAAAUUGGACAAGUUGACAUUUAUUGAUAUGGAAGGCUCUGGUUUUGGAGGUGAUUUGGAAACGUUGCGUGGCCCCAGAGGACCACCCGGGCCUCCAGGUCCACCUGGUGUGCCUGGCUUACCUGGACAACCUGGAAGAUUUGGGACGAAUAGUACUGACCUUCCAGGGCCUCCCGGCCUCCCUGGAGUGCCAGGCAGAAACGGCAUCCAAGGACUUCCAGGGCUUCCUGGCCCUCCUGGUCCUCCAGGAAGAGAAGGGAUUGCUGGCCAACCUGGGUUGAAUGGAGCAAGUGGAGAACCAGGAGAAGUAGGCCUUCCAGGAGCAACUGGACCUAAGGGCAGUAAAGGAGAUAUAGGGUUACCGGGAGCACCGGGUGAAACUGGCCUGGCUGGCCUUCCUGGGCCCAUAGGUCCCCGAGGACAACCUGGUCCUCCUGGUCCACCUGGACCAGGCUUUGUGGCUGGAUUUGAUGACAUGGAGGGCUCAGGGCUGCCGUUUGUUUCUGCUGUUCCUGGAGCACGUGGACCAGAAGGGCCACAGGGGCCACCAGGGCUUCCAGGACUCAAGGGAGAUGCUGGCAGCCCUGGCCUCCCUGCUUUGCCAGGAGAGAAGGGAGACCCUGGAUUGCCGGGUCUGGAUGGUCGCCCUGGACUAGAGGGUUUGCCAGGACCACAGGGGGCAACAGGUGACCGUGGGGACCCAGGGGCUAAAGGUGAACGAGGUCAAGAUGGAAUAGGACUGCCAGGUCUUCCAGGACCCCCAGGACAAGUCACUUUCCUAUCAAGUGGUGAUAAAACUUUACCUACAUUGCCAGGCCCAGAGGGCAAACAAGGGCAUGCUGGUUUCCCAGGGCCAGUGGGACCAAAAGGUGAUGCAGGAUCCCCAGGUGUUCAAGGAUCUCCAGGUCUGAAGGGUGAAAAAGGGGAGCCAGGUGUUAUCAUUGGCCCUGAUGGAACAGUCAUAGCAACUGCUGCAAAAGGAGAAAAGGGUGAACCAGGCCUAAGAGGACCUGUGGGACUAGCAGGGUCAUCUGGGCGGCCUGGACAGAAAGGAGAAAUUGGCUUUCCUGGAAGACCUGGCCGACCUGGUAUGAAUGGGUUGAAAGGAGAAAAAGGUGACCCAGCAGACCCCAGUGACAGGCUGGGCGUAAGGGGUCCUCCAGGCCUCCCUGGCCCUCCUGGGCCCCCGGGUCCUCCGGGCAGCAUAUUGCCUGUUUAUGACAAUAAUGCAUUUGGUGAUACGGGCCCUCCCGGACCUCCAGGAUUGCCUGGCUACCAUGGUUCUCCUGGUCAGAAGGGAGACAAAGGUGAUGUGGGUCCUCCAGGACCCCCAGGCCAGUCCCCAUACGAUCUCAGCAGAUUUGGCUCCACCUUUAGGGGAGAAAGAGGGGACAGAGGGGACCCUGGGCUGAAAGGUGAAAAGGGUGAGCCAGGUGGAGGAGGACUGUUUGGAUCAAGCGUCGCUGGACCUCCAGGUCCUUCAGGAUAUCCUGGCCUUCCGGGCCCCAAAGGGGACAGUAUUAGAGGCCCCCCAGGCCCUCCAGGCCCCCAAGGGCCUCCUGGUGCAGGAUUUGAGGGGCGCCCAGGGACCCCAGGCCCUCCUGGUCCACCUGGUCCUCCAGGAGCUCCUUCCUUUCCGGGACCUCAUAGGCAAUCUAUCAGUAUUCCUGGGCCACCUGGGCCGCCGGGACCACCGGGACCUCCAGGCAUCAGUGAUGCAUCUUCCUCUUCUGGGCUGCGGAUCUUCCCAACCUAUGAGAGCAUGAUGAGCAGAGCUCAUGAAGUACCUGAAGGGCAGCUCCUUUUCAUCCGGGACAGAGAAGAGCUCUACAUCCGUGUCCGCAACGGCUUCAGGAGAGUCCUCCUUGAGGACAGAAUAGCCAUCUCUGGCCCUGGGCUGGACAAUGAGGUAUAUGACGGGCUUUCUAAUGUCCACUACUCACAUGGAGGAACGGCAUCUUCUGGAUCCCAGCGCCCCUUCCAGCAGCAUUUACCUGUGCAUUCACACAGAGAAUAUAGUGCUUACUCCACUGCCAAGCCCUGGAGAGGAGACGAGAGUGUUGCCAACCAACACCGCGUUCCUGAGCAACCUGCCAUUCACCAACUACACCAAGGAGCACAGCACCAGCAAGAGCCAUUGAACGCCUUCUUUCUCAACCGCCAGCCUGAUGCUGCUCCCUCUGCUGUUCACACACACCAUGACUUCCAGCCUGCUCUCCACCUUAUAGCCCUCAACACUCCGCUGAGUGGCAGCAUGCGUGGCAUCCGAGGAGCUGACUUUCAGUGUUUCCAGCAAGCCAGGGAAGUUGGAUUGACAGGAACUUUCCGAGCAUUCCUCUCCUCCCGACUGCAAGACCUCUACAGCAUUGUGCGCAGGGCAGACAGGAGCACGGUGCCUAUAGUCAAUCUCAGGGAUGAAGUGUUGUUUAAUAAUUGGGAGAACCUCUUCUCAGGGUCUGAGGCUCCAUUCAGAACUGGGGUUCGUAUCCUCUCCUUCGAUGGAAGAGAUGUCCUGAGAGACUCUGCAUGGCCUCAGAAGUACGUGUGGCAUGGUUCUGACUCAAAGGGACGGCGGCUAACAGAGAGCUACUGUGAGACAUGGCGGACGGAUGACACUGUGGUGACAGGGCAGGCUUCCUCGCUGACAUCAGGCAAGCUGCUUGAGCAAAAGAACAGCAGCUGCAAGAACACCUUUAUUGUCCUAUGCAUUGAAAACAGCUUCAUGACUUCUUCCAAGAAAUAAAAAUGGCACACACCAAAAGCUCUGGCUGCAAGUGGAGGAUGGGAGCCCAACUGUUUUCUCCUAAGGAACAGGGGAAUGAGCAGUGGUUCCCUUUCCCAGUCCCAACCAGGAUAAUGUGUCCAACAAGUUCCAUAAUAUAUCAAUCAUGCAGAUAAAUGAGUGAAAAAAGCCAAAGAGUGUCUUCCUAUGAUUUCUAGCACAGAUCUGGUGCUGAACGUUUUGUGCCUCUUCUCCUGGCCUGGCUGCUGUGAAUAAUGCCUGCCGGCUGGAGAGGAUGGGGCAGAACGGGCUUGUGUGCAAGGCAAUCUCCAGGCAAGUGUGGUACAUGAAACAUUAUCUUGCUGUCUUUAAUCCUGCUCAUUUUAACCCUUGACAUUUGUGUGUGCGUGUGUGUAUAUGUGAAGCUUUUGUUUGCCUCUCUUUCCCAUUCCAUUCUUUAUUAACUACUCAGAUGUUCCUUUAAAAAGAAAACCAAGGGCAAGUUGGGAUACAUCAGAAAUACUAUUUAUUGUGCUUAAGGUGGCCUUCAUAAAGCAGAGAGUCCAUUACUGUGAGUGUAGGCCUACAGGUGUUUCUGCAUUACACAACGCUAUACCUAGGCAUUCUUGGCACUGCCUCUUUCUGUUGGGAGCAUGAUGCUAACAGACCCUGCUGGACAGUGCAUGAUCACAAGGCUUUUGUAAAGGUUGAGCUGGCUUUUUUCUGUGAGUGCCCAGGAUAGCAUCAAGGACAAAAAUCCUGUUAAAGGGUCCAGGAAUUUGCAGAAAAGCUCUCCCCCUCCCUCAGCUCUGCCUGACUCACCACCUGCCUUCACUAUUUUCUAAUGCCUUAUUAUUUCCAAUAACACUGUUUUCUUCAUUGCCUGGUUACAAAUCUUGUUGCUGAAUUGGCUGUGUCCUCUGCUGAAACAACAGAGCUAGAGCAGUGAGAUGAAGGCUUCAAGUCCUGCUAUGCACUGCUUCUCCUCACCCCACACCUUGUCUAGUUCUGCAAGAGAUGCAGAGGUGUUGAAAGUAACAGCCUGAAAACUGACUUUGCCAGGGUGGUGACCUUACAGGGCAGAAAGGAAGUAUAAAUUAGGCAAGUCGCAAUUAUAACAAUCAGUAUUCAUUUUUUAAAAAAUCACACUUUUAUAAUUUUUUUGCCAUCUCCUUCCAUUUCCAAGCAAGGAUGCUACAUUUUACCUCUACUAGCCAUAUUCACAGAAAAUAGGCUAGUGCAAAAGCAAAGUGGCAGGCCCUUACAGAACUCCUGGAGCUCAGGAGCUUUUCAGAACCCUUGCCUACAUUCUGUCCUUUAAUCUAGAAGGAGUGUGGCCAAAGCUCAGUGGUGUAGAGCCCAUGUUUUGCAUGCAUAAGGUUCCAGGUUCAAGUCCUGCCACCUCCACUUGAAAAUAACCGGUGAAGUGGAGGAUCCCUACCUGAGACCCUGAAGAGCUGCUGGUAGUCAGAUGGACCUAUAGGGAGCUGCCUUUUUUAGCAGGUCAUAAGACUUAAUGAUUAUCUAUGAAUGUUCUCCUAAAUCUCUUAGAUCUGGAAUCUUUUUAUUAGCAGCUGCUCCAAAAUAAGAGUUAGGCAAUGAGACCCAUGCUUGUCCGGUUGUCCCCUCCCUUCUCGUCCAAUACACCGUGGCAGGAACCACGAGAAAAAGCCAUUCCUAAUGGCUGUAUAUUCAACCUUUCUUCCAAAGAGCAGGAUGGCGGCUGGCCUUGUGCUGACAUUUCAAGGUGUGGGAAGGAUUGGACUUCACAAAAAUAAUCGCUAUUAGUGUGCAUCUGUCACCGCUUUGCUCAUUUUUCAGAAGCAUAAGUAGACAAGCAGUAUUUUGCCAUGUUAAUGCAAAACGAACAGUGAAGGAAAAGCCUGGAGACCUUCUUUGUUCACGGGCUGACCUGUGUGACGGGGUUCCUGCUACACCCCCCUCAACCACAACAGCCUUUCAACUUCAGUGCCAGAAGUCACGGCCAGGCAGAUGCUUGUUGUGUAGCACUCUGAGCGUUUGAGUCAGUUGUGGAAAACCAAGGUGCUAAAUUUCUACCUAGCUUUUAUUUUUUAUUAUUGUCUUACUGAAAUUUUAUUACCAGAGCGGGAGGGAGGGGGAGCCUGUGCAAAUCACACAACCAAUUUCUUACUGUCUACUGUAUUUUGUGAAAUGUUAAUGCAAUUUUAAAAGCCUGUGGAUCUCUACAUCUUUGUCAGUUGUGUUCUAUAAACUUUUCUAAAGGCACUGAAUAAAGGAAAAGUAUCCUCUUUUA